GCAAACCUGCACACACACACAUGCAUUGUUCUCGCUCCUCUCUCUGCCCUUCGGCGCCGGUAGCUAGCUAGCUCUUCUGUUCCGGCCAGGAAAGCAAGCGCUAGAGUAUACGCACGGAAGAAGAAGAAGGAGAAGAAAUAAUCCCUAGAAAGAGGAUAUCGAAGAUUCAAUGUGCAGCUGGACAUGGUUGGAAAAAGGUGAUUGUGCGCGAUGAGCCAGGCCAAAAUUAAGCACCGGUGCGCGAUGUGACUCCUAUAGGAGACGAGAACACUGAAGAUUGAUCUAAUUCGACUAACACACAUAGCUAUCGGCAAUGGAAGCUACGACAGUCGGGCAGCUACUUCUAUUGGUAUUGGUAGCUUACAGUGCACAUUAUGUCGUCAGUGGCAGAUCCUUAUAUGCAAAUGAGACAGAUCGGCUAUCGCUGCUUCAGUUCAAGGAUGCAAUCAGUCUGGAUCCACACCAGGCCUUCAUGUCCUGGAACAAUAGCAUCCACUUCUGUAAUUGGGAAGGUGUCUUGUGCAGGGUGAAGACUCUGCCACAUCGUGUCAGUUCUCUAAACCUUACAAGUCGAGGUUUGGUAGGACAGAUAUCUCCUUCACUUGGGAACCUAUCGUUCCUGCAUUCUCUAGCCCUGGUGGAAAACACACUCACCGGGGAGAUUCCACCCUCCCUCGGUCACCUGCGUUGUCUCCAAACCCUCCGCUUGAGAAAUAACAUGCUACAAGGAAGGAUACCGAGUUUUGCAAACUGCUCAAAGCUCAGGGUGCUGGAUGUUUCACACAACCAUCUAGUUGGCCAAUUUCCUACUGAGUUGCCUCCUGUCCUUCAGGUGCUGCGUGUUGGGACUAAUAACCUUACUGGCACCAUCCCAGCUUCUGUUGUCAAUAUAACAACACUAACCACCAUUAGCUGCCUGAAUAAUCAAAUCAAAGGAAAUAUCCCAAGUGAGUUUGCAGAUCUGCCCAGCUUGCAGUACCUGUAUGCAGGUGGCAAUCAACUGGCAGGCAGUUUUCCACAAGCCAUCUUGAAUCUUUCUACUCUCAUUGACCUUGACCUUGGUCUCAACGGUUUAAGUGGAGAUCUGCCACCAAAUCUCUGUACCGCUCUCCACAAUCUCCAGACACUUUUUUUGGGUGGCAACAUCUUUCUAGGCGGGCACAUUCCUAGUUCAUUAAGUAAUGCUUCCAAUCUAUACGAUGUUGAUUUUUCAGGUAACAACUUCACCGGGUUGGUGCCCACCACUAUUGGCAAACUUACCCAGCUCUCGUCGUUGAAUCUUGAAAAGAAUCAACUCCAAGCACAUAGCAGGGAAGAAUGGGAGUUUUUGGACAGCUUAGGCAAUUCCACGGACCUACAGAUGUUCUCCGUUAGUCGGAAUCGCCUAUCGGGGCAUGUACCAAAUUCAUUAGGUAACCUUUCGAAUCAACUCCAGGAGAUAUACUUGGCAGAAAAUCAACUAUCAGGGGAUUUUCCUUCCGGCAUAGCAAACCUUCGCAACUUGUUUAUUCUAACAUUGGGGAUGAAUCAAUUUACAGGUGUGGUUCCAGAGUGGAUUGGAUCUGUCAAGAUUUUGCAGCAAUUAGGUUUAGAAGGAAACUUCUUUACGGGGGUCAUUCCGUCAUCCUUGUCAAACUUGUCUCAAUUGGGAGAGCUCUAUCUAUCCUCGAACCAGUUCAUUGGUCACAUACCAGCAAGCUUUGGAAACUUUUCGACGCUUCAAAAUUUGGACAUUUCCAACAACAAUCUUCAUGGUAGGGUUCCAUUAGAGAUCUUUAAAAUCCCAACAAUAUUUCAGAUUGAUUUUUCUUUCAACAAUCUAGAUGGACAACUUCCUACCGACAUUGGCAAUGCCAAACAACUCGUACAUUUGGUACUUUCAUCAAACAAACUAUCCGGUGAUAUUCCCAAAACUCUGGGUGAUUGUGAAAGUUUAGAAGACAUUAAGUUAGACUCAAAUAUUUUCGGUGGCAGUAUUCCCUCUUCAUUAGACCACAUAACCAGCCUCAAAUUUUUGAACUGUUCUAGCAAUAACAUAACUGGAUCAAUACCACUAUCUCUUGGCAACCUACAACAUCUUGAGAAACUAGAUUUGUCAUUCAACCAUCUUCAAGGCGAGGUUCCAGCAAAAGGGAUAUUCAAGAAUGCAACUGCCAUUCGUAUUGAGGGGAACCAGGGACUGUGUGGUGGGCCAUCAGAGUUACACAUGCAAGCAUGCGUUGUUACGCCUUCAAAUUCAAGUAGAAACAAUGAAUCUUUAGUGCUCAAAGUAGUUAUCCCAAUAACCAGUAUGGUUUUACUUGCUAUGGUCAUAUUUGGCAUAUUGAUAUGGAGAGGAAAGCACAAGAGCAAAUCUAUAUCUGUACCACCAUUUGCUACAAAAUUUCCCAAGAUUUCUUUUAGUGAUCUAGCCAGAGCGACAGCGGGAUUCUCAACGCGCAACUUAAUUGGCUGCGGGAGAUACAGUUCUGUAUAUCGAGGAAAACUAGUUGAAGAUGAAAUUGAGGUUGCCAUAAAAGUCUUCAACUUAGAGACAAGAGGAGCACACAAGAGCUUCAUUGCAGAAUGUAAUGUGUUGAGAAAUGUGCGGCAUCGUAAUCUGGUCCCUAUCCUAACUGCGUGCUCAAGCAUUGAUUCUACUGGUAAUGAUUUCAAGGCCCUGGUGUAUGAGUUCAUGCCACGAGGAGACUUACAUAAUCUAUUAUAUUCAACUAUAGACUAUGAAGGCUCUUCAGAUUUGGACCUUCUUACAAUGAGUCAAAGGAUGAGCAUCGUGGUGGAUGUAGCGGAUGCAAUGGAGUACCUACACCAUAACAACCAAGGAACAAUGGUUCAUUGUGAUCUGAAGCCUAGCAACAUUCUAUUGGAUGACAAUAUGACAGCUCAUGUUGGAGACUUUGGCUUAGUAAGAUUCAAAGUUGGUUCCGCGAUGUCAUCUCUUGCUAACCCAAGCUCUUCUUCGGUUGGACUAAUGGGAACGAUCGGAUAUGCUGCUCCAGAAUACGCAGGGGGUGGUCAAGUUUCAACUGCCGCGGAUGUUUACAGCUUUGGUGUCGUCCUUCUCGAAAUAUUCCUUCGGAGAAGGCCAACUGAUGACAUGUUUAAGGAUGGACUGAGCAUUGUGAAGUUAACAGAGAUCAGCUUCCCUGAUAGGGUAAUGGAGAUUGUCGAUCCUCAGCUCGUACAAGAGUUGGAGCUUUGCCAAGAAACUCCAACAGCCUUGAAGGAAAAAGGUGUACGCUCUCUGCUAUCUAUGCUAAACGUUGGCCUUUCUUGCACGAAGCCUUCUCCGCAUGAACGCACCAACAUGCAAGAGGUGGUUGCGAACUUACAUGGCAUCAGAGAUGCAUAUCUCAGAGGAAAUUGAAGAAGCAGUUAUGUUGGUAUUAGCUACCUGAAUAAGUAAGCUGUCGUAUGUUUGAUAUUUUAUUGCAUUGUGUGUGUAACGACAUGGAUUUACAAAACCGAACCCUCUCUGUACUGCAGCAGCCGAGAUAUUGCGCUGAAAAACAGAGAUGACUAUCAUUUCCGUGAACCAAUAUUAUGAAUGUCGUGUGCACUCUCUUUUGAAAAAACAUGUUGUUUGGAGCCAA